AACAUGAUCGCGGUAUUAAAUAAGGAAUUGAAUAUUAUUCUUCAGUCAGUUAUACUUAUUUACCUAUAGCUACUCGUAGCUGGAUAUUUUCGUAACAUUUUUCAAGAAUAUGCAAUUUUUUUUUGAUUCUUGUUUUUAGUGGAACAAAUAUUUUCUUUCGAGUCAAAUAUUAAUCAAAAUGAUUACUUUCGUUCGUUCGUUUAAUUUCAACAUCUUUUUCAAAAAAUUUGAAAAAAAUCGAAUAAUUUCGUAUAAAAAUUUACACUCGAAUGCGCCUACUGUAACCACCACUUCCAGUCUCGCUGAAAGAAUUUUCACAGAACAGCUGGAAAAUAUUCACAAAUGUAAAGAUGACUACUCGAAAUUCAGAUUAGCUCACAAUAUUGUUAAAAAGGUACUAUCUGAUGAAAGCAUUUGUAUGGGAUCGUCGACAGUCAGCGAAAGAAAUCAAGAAAUAAUAGAAUACAACGUCGACGGUGGAAGGGUCAAACGAAUGAAAAUAUUUUUAAACGUGUGUCAAAACCUUACCCCAAAGUAUAAACUCACUGAUGAAUACAUUUUGCGUUCUUGGAUUUUGGGUCAUCUCACUCAAGUGCUUCUUUCCUCCCUCUUAAUGAUAGACGAUGCUUUAGACAAAUCUGAUUUGAGAAGAAACAAAGUUACUUGGUGCAGAAAAAUUGGUACGAUGGAAUUUUGCAGCCAUUCGUUAAUGAUGAACAGCGGUAUUCAAGUCAUUUUGAAGAAUUUUUUCUCAAAAGAACCGUACUAUACACAAUGUAUCGAAAUUUUCAACGAAAUUCUUUGGACCGCAGAAAGUUGUUUCGCAUUGGAGUCAAAAUGUAUCGAUGUGCUGGGUGUGAACAAAAAAUACUGCUCGUGGAAGAUGUUUGAUACAUUGGGUGUUGGAUUAAUGGCAACCACUGGAUUUCAACUGCCUGUAAUUGCAGCGAUGAGUAUGGCAGGUGUCAAAUAUGAUCACUUGAAGCAAGAUUUAGCCAAAAUAUUUGCUCCACUUGGUUGUUUGACAACGGCUGAAAAUGAUUACUACGAUGUAUUCGGUAAAGGUACUGGUAAAGUACUAUACGAAGAUAUCAAGCAUGGGAAAUUGACUUGGAUCCUGCUAACUUCACUCGACAACUGUAACUCUGAUCAAAAGAAAAUAUUGCAAGAAUGCUACGGUAAAAAUAAUCCAGAAUGCAUUAACGCAGUUGUCAAAGUUUACGAGCAAUUGAAUUUGGAAGAAAGAUUUUUAAAAUAUAAAGCCGACGUUUCUCGUCAUGUUACAAAUUUGAUAAAAAAUAUAGCAGAUGAUAGCUUACAUGCGCCGCUAUCAAGUACAUUAUAUCAGGCAGAAAAUUGGUAUCGUGAUGUUUAGCCAAGGUGAUGGUCAGUGGUCUUAAACAAGGUAGCGCGAACUUUGAAAAUUCAUGGCUGCCACACCCCACCCCCACCCUAUUUUUUUCAGUAAAUCAAAUUUUUUAUAACUUUACUUGUACAUAUUUAGGUAGUUUGGUAAAGUUGUUAUGGACCUAGUCCGAAAUUGUACAAUUCGGGGAUGGUGCAGCUGAUUUUGUACCAUCUCCGAAGUGUCCGGGCUAAGCGUGAAUAUUCCUUUUAUCCCUUUUCAUCGGGCUUGGUUCGUACCAUGCCCGAAGGGUCCGGAUAAAGUGUUCGACUUCGUACAAAUUGUGUUAUGCUAAGUUCGAAAUAUAGUUUUAUAAUGAAUAUGAAUUCGAAUUAUAUGUCUUUAUAAUAAUUCCCUUAUUACGAGUAGAUAACAAUUGAUAAUAAUAAUAUUAUUCACAUCUAUUA